CUCAUCUGACCGUAUCCAUCGUAUCGUGUCUCGGUGUUCCAUUUAAUGCGGUCAAUCUUGUUCUAUUCUGUAUCGUUAUUUUGCAUAGUUAACGUGCGAGUUGUUUCGAUUAUUCCGACUCGUCGUUGUUGACAGCAAUUGAAGCCUUCGGUGAUUCGCUUUCCUUUUCGAGUGUCCUUUUGGGUUCUUUCUUAAUGCCGGACUCAAUAAAUAUUAAUACGAUAAAUAUGUCCGACCACUUUGGACCAAUCGCUCCAAAAUGGGAUCCCAAGAACUUGGAGAUACGGACUAUGUCCGUGGAAAAGACACUAGAGCCGCUUGUGCUCCAAGUUACUACAUUGGUGAACACGAAAGGGCCCAGCAAAAAGAAGAAAGGAAAGUCGAAAAGAGCAAGCGCGCUUGUCGGAACUGUGGAAAAGGCAACUGCUAAUUUUAUUGAAAAGGGGGAGAAGAUUGCCUAUGAAAAUCCAGAUAUCACAGCGGAGAUGCUAAGUGCCGUAGAGGAAGUAAGGAAGACAGGAGCAGCAAUGAGCAUUGCUGCCAGAGAAUUUUCCGAGGAUCCAUGUUCAUCUUUGAAACGAGGCAACAUGGUGCGCGCCGCGAGGAAUUUGCUGUCAGCGGUGACCCGUUUGCUCAUUCUAGCAGACAUGGUGGACGUCUAUCAUCUUUUGAAAUCGCUGUAUGUUGUGGAGGAUGAUCUGAAGAAAUUAAAGAACGCUUCUUCGCAGGGAGAACUAAUUCAGAAUAUCAAAGAAUUUGGUAGAAACGCCGCCGAAUUGAUUCAUCAGGCGGCCAAGCGUCAACAUGAGCUGAAAGAUCCACAGCUUAGAGACGAUUUGGCGGCCGCCCGGGCCGUUUUGAAGAAACACUCCACUAUGUUGCUCACUGCGUCGAAGGUUUACGUGCAGCAUCCCGAUUUGGCGGCGGCCAAGGCAAAUCGCGAUUACGUAUUGAAACAAGUGUGCGAAGCCGUGAACACGAUAAAUGAUGUUGCUCAAGGGAAAACGCCGCCUGACAGCCAACAUCCUUACGAUGGCCCUGGCGAAUUGGCUGCUGCAUUGGAUGACUUCGACGAGAGGAUGGUGAUGUCUCCGCUCGCCUAUAACGAGGUUCGUACGCGACCGAGUCUCGAAGAGAGAUUAGAGAGUAUUAUCAGCGGUGCCGCAUUGAUGGCGGAUUCAUCGUGCACUCGGGACGAACGUAGAGAGCGCAUCGUUGCUGAGUGUAACGCAGUCAGACAGGCGCUUCAAGAUCUUCUAAGUGAAUACAUGAAUAACUUACAGCGCGCUCGGGGUGGGAGAAGGAUGGGUGUUAAGGAACAAUCUGAAGGCUUAGAAAGAGCGAUAGAUCACAUGUGUAGAAAGACCCGUGAUCUUCGUAGACAGUUGCGCAAAGCCGUGGUGGAUCAUGUAUCGGAUAGUUUUUUGGAAACAAGUGCACCGUUACAAGCUCUAUAUGAAGCUGCAGAAAAAGGCUGGGUCAAGGAAGUGGAAGAAUAUGCGCUCAUUUUCACGGAGCACGCGAAUAAAUUAGUGGAGGUGGCCAAUUUAGUAUGCAGUAUGUCUAACAACGAAGACGGUGUAAAGAUGGUUCGUUAUGCUGCUGCACAAAUCGAGAACUUAUGCCCGCAAGUGAUUAAUGCAGCGCGUGUGUGGGCCGCACGAAACUCGGACGUUGCAAAGGACAACAUGAAGGUGUUCCGCCAAGCGUGGGAGAAUCAAAUGCGUGUCUUGACAGAGGCCGUGGACGACAUUACCACAAUCGAUGAUUUUCUAGCGGUUUCUGAGAAUCAUAUCCUUGAUGAUGUCAACAAGUGUGUCCUGGCGUUACAAGUACGUCCCGGCGACGCUGAUACUCUGGAUAGACAUGCGGGCGCAAUACUCGGUCGUUCUGCUAGGGUGUGUAACGUUGUGCAGGCCGAGAUGGACAACUAUGAGCCUUGCAUCUACACCAAGCGAGUUCUCGAAGCGGUAAAGGUUCUGAGAAAACAAGUGAUGCCCAAUUUUGAGCAACGAGUGGAAGAGGCUGUAAAUGCGCUGCGCAGUAAUCCAGCACAGGAAGUGGACGAGAAUGACUUCAUUGAUGCGUCUAGACUGGUAUACGAUGGAGUUCGUGAGAUCAGGCGAGCUGUGCUCAUGAAUAGAGCGGACGAAGACCUGGAUCCUGAAGAUGUGGAAUUGGACGAACAUUACACAUUGGAAACACGCAGCAAGUCUAGUGCUCAGACUGGAGAACACGGUGUGGAUGAGUAUCCAGAGAUCAGUGGCAUUACCACUGCCCGCGAAGCGAUGAGAAAAAUGCCAGAAGAGGACAAACAGAAGAUUCUGCAGCAGGUUGAGUACUUCAGAAGCGAGAAACUCAAAUUCGACAAAGAGGUAGCGAAAUGGGAUGACGCUGGUAAUGAUAUCAUUGUUCUUGCUAAGCAUAUGUGCAUGAUCAUGAUGGAGAUGACUGACUUUACUCGUGGUCGAGGCCCCUUGAAAACUACCAUGGAUGUCAUAAACGCGGCAAAAAAGAUCUCCGAAGCUGGCACGAAAUUGGAUAAAUUGACCAGACAGAUUGCCGAUCAGUGUCCAGAGAGUUCCACAAAAAAAGAUCUCCUUGCAUAUUUGCAACGCAUAGCGCUCUAUUGCCACCAGAUGAAUAUCACAAGUAAAGUGAAGGCGGAUGUACAGAAUAUCAGUGGCGAGUUGAUCGUUUCCGGCCUAGAUAGCGCAACUUCCCUCAUACAGGCUGCCAAAAAUUUGAUGAACGCCGUCGUGCUUACUGUUAAAGCUUCCUACGUCGCGUCAACGAAGUAUCCACGACAAUCUACAGUAACGUAUUCUCCUAUCGUCAUAUGGAAGAUGAAAGCCCCAGAGAAGAAACCAUUAGUACGUCCUGAAAGACCCGAGGAAGUUAGAGCGAAAGUACGUAAAGGUUCGCAGAAGAAAGUGCAGAAUCCUAUACAUGCACUCUCAGAAUUUCAGAGUCCUACCGAGAGUGUAUAAACUCUCUAGAUGUAAGUAAACGAUAACAGGAAUAACAUGUAAUACUACAAUAUUUGUAAUUCUUGCUCGAUCAAUGCGGGACGACCAACACGAAAAAAAAGUCAUGUCUAGAACCAGAUAUAUUGAUCGGACAUGAUACAAAUACUGUAGCACGAUGUAACGCUGCAAGACAUAUUAUUAGCAUCACCUUUUAAGAAUUGUAUAAGGCCAAAAUAUUUUAUUUUCGAUGAGAUUUAAGAUGUUUAAGAAGAAUAUCUAUUAAUCAUUAUGAAGUGACGUGUUGUGACUCUCUGUGUGAGAGUGUUCGACUUGUAGUCAGAGAGGGAUUUUGAAUAAUCCUGACUCUCAUAUUUCAUGUAUAUCUCGGUUUUAUACGAGAUUAUAAACAUUAUUUGAGAAUUGAACAUUAUAAGUAAAGGAAUAUAAGGUGAAUGAUAAUAGUUUGGGAACAUAUUUCAUUUAUACUUACAUUUAUCUAUUAAUAAUUGUAUGCUAUGCACGAAUAUUUAAGUAUGUUAUUAUUUGUUAAUUGCGAGUACAAUAAUACAGAUGAAUACACAUAAUCCUAAUGAAUAUUCGACUUUGAGGAAGAUUUCAGAGGAAGGUUACGAAUUAAAAAAGGCUGAUACAUCUCAGAUCUUAUAGGGGCACAAUUAAAGAUAAUGAUUCUACGUUACAGUAUAUUUGUUAAUGAAUUUAUGCUGCACGAUCAUCUUUAUAUUCGAGAAUUUUUAGAUUUCUUAUAUCAUUUAAAUUUUUCUAACUGUAAAAGUGAUAUGUAUAGCUUACUCAAGCAGUAAAUUGCAAAGGUCCUGGUACUU